GUGACUUAAUAUGGAGUCAGGAAGCCAUGAAGGGAGAGCUCUCACACAGGUACUUCUCUCAGCUUACCUGACCAACAAGAAGUUGGAAGAUUUCUGUGUACCCCAGUAACAAACAAACUGUCCACCACUUGCAGCCCAUGAGAAGCUGUCACAAUCUCAAACUCUCAUUCUCUUCCAAUGAACUUAAUACUUAAAACAACCCUCCCCAAUUUCAUCCCGCAACUUAAUAAAAGCUAGCUUCCUUUAUCUCUUUGGGAUUGCCUAUGGUUCUCCAGAGUUUGUUGUCCCAAAUUGCAGUCUCCCAUUAUUCCCAGAUAAACUCAUUUUUGUUUAACUAGAUUACUAUUUGUUUUAUUUAAGGUUGACAUGCUUAACUUCCAAAACAAGAACAGCAGCUAUUUUGUCAAGUGGAUCCCCAACAACACGAAAACAGUUCUCUGUGACAUCCUACCCGAGGGGCUAAAUAUGUCCACCACCUUCACCUGCAACAGCAAGACCAAUGAGGAACUGUUCAAGCACAUCUUGGAGCAGCUCCUGGCCAUGUCCAGGUACAAGGUCAUUUUACACCAGUACACAAGGAAGGGCAUGGAUGAGAUGGAGUUCACCGAGGCCAAAAGCAACACGAAUGACCUUGUGUCCAAGUACCAGUAGUUCCAGGACAUCACAGCUGAAGAGGACAGUAAGUUUGAGGAGAAGGAUGAGGAGGUGGUCUACAACUGUCUGGUACCUGGUAUGGCAUGGAAGCCUUGUGAACUUCAUCACUCACAACCUCUUCCCCAACAACUAUGUCUUACUGUGUAUAUACUUGCUCCUGUCUUGACAUCACCUGCUGUAUAG